UUGGAGGCUGAUUCAAAAUGGAGUAGAUCUUCCAGGCAGAAAUCUACCCAAACAGCUUUAUCUUUGUCUUUUUAUAGUUACUACAUUAACAGCUCGUUACUCGUCGGUAAAUUAGUGCACCCUCACUAUGACGGAAGAAAAGAAGUCAGGCUCCUUGGGUUUCUUUUCGAGCUACGACGAUUUGAGCGACAGCAGCGACUCAGACUCAGAGACAGAGAGACAGAAGAAGACACCGGGGACAGACGCUCCUGAGACCGGAGCCCAGUCCUCCCAACACGGGACCAAACGAGCCGCCGGUGGAGCUCCGCUACCGAGACCUGACGAGCUGUUCAGCUCCGUGUCCAAGCCGGCUUUUCUCUACAACCCGCUGAAUAAAGAGAUAGACUGGGAGAGCCUCACGGUCAAAGCUCCUGAAGAGCCUGCCAGAGAGUUUAAGCCAUGGAAGACAAACGCUGUACCCCCUCCUGAGAGCUACACUGCAGAGCCAGAGAAGAAGAAAGGAGCUCCCCCGGGCAUGGAUAUGGCUAUAAAGUGGUCCAAUGUGUAUGAGGACAAUGGGGAAGAUGCACCACAGCCUUUCACUGGCAAGGCCCGGUUCUUACCUGCAGAGGAGGAGGAAGCCCCCGAAUCAGAUGAGGAAUCAGAGAAGCAAAACAUGUCAGCCAAGAAGCGCCGAGUGGAGACCUUCCAGCAGAAGGAGAAGAGGAAAAGGGACAUGGGACAAGCGACUUCUGACAAGAAUUUUGUAGAGGAGGAGAAAAGGAUCCUCAGGCAAAAUGCUGAUUGAGGCUUAAACUCUCCUGCAAAAAGGAAUCUGUUUCUAAUAUAAGUAUUUUUAUGUCAGCUGAGAACGCUCACAGAUAUUAGCACAAUGGUCGAGAAAGCGGUAUGCUGCAAACUUAAACAGGCAUUUUACCUUUGUCUUGACGUUUGCAGUAUUCUUUGUUUCAUUUUCAAAGGACUGUCUGUCAGCACACUUCAAAAAAUGUUAAGUAUAUACAUAUAUAUUACAGUCCCACUGUAAAAUGUUACUGGUAAAUCUUUGCUGACAAUCUUUCCAAGUAAAGGAAAAUUCAGGUGUUUUACAGUCUGGGUUGUGUUUUGAGGGAUUUCAAGAGACACAGCUUUACAACAUAUACUGGGCAUUACCAAAAAAAGUGUCCAGACAGGUUUGCUCCCAGUUUGGCAUCACUUUCGCUUUACUGCUGAAUAUAUAGUCUAGACCAGUGGAUCCCAACCUUUUUGCUUAAGAGACCCCUUUUCUGUCAUUUAGUAAACUGUGGCCCUUGAUAGAGAGAAAACUUUCAGGAACUGUCAUAUUUCAUGGAUAUUUAAUAAUGUAUUAAUCACAAUAACAGUACAGAACAACUGUUCGACUGUGCAUUUUACCUAAAUAGUCAACACAAUUAUUUAGUGAUUUUGAUGCAUUUUGGAAAGAUUAUCUCCUGUGAAUACUACAUCAGAGAUGACUUUUCCUGAUAUUUUGAGGAACUCUCUAAAUGAUUCUCUGUCCGUAUACAUUUAUUUUAACCCUUUGAAACCUGGAUUGACAUCAGUAUUUUAUGUGCCACAUUCAAACCCCUCUCACAAGCAUUCAAACCUUUGACAAGAUUGUUUUGAUUUCUUUAAAACACAUGGCUAAAAAGGCAACGAGCAACUUGGCAAGAGAUGUCUCGCAGAUU